AUGAACACAAAAAGGAGGAAGCGUGAAGGCGGUUAUCAUGAGGAAAUAUAUACCUAUAAAAAUGACGAAAAGUAUGACGAAGAAUUUUUAGAUAUAGAUAGUAACGUACUAAAGGUGUGCGAGAAAAAAGGGGGGGUGCUUCGCCAACUAAAUAUAUUUUCCCCUGGGGGGAGAAGCAAAAAGGGCACCAAAAGGGAAGGGAGAGGGAGAAGCGGCGCGAACAGGGGAACUGCGAACAGGGUAACCUCGAACAGGGUGACAGCGAACAGGGUAACUACGAACAUUGUGAAUGACAUAAGGUUCAUGGACAUACUACUAUGUGGGGAUAAGGAUAGCGGAAAGACCACCUUCUUGAAUUGUAUAAGCUGCGUGGAGAGCUUUAAAUCGGGACGCACCGAUGGUAGUGGCGACACGGAUGUAUGUCAAGCUUCAAUUUUUUUAACUCGAGAUGAUUUGCAGUUUAUUAAUUACGAGUUCGGUUUAGGGGAAGGCUUAAGGACUGACCAUUUUGACUACUUGAAGAUAAACUUUUGUGAGUAUGGCGAUGAUUUGUUUCGCAAAAUAAGGGCGUACUGCGAGAUGUGUGAUUAUCUAGGGGUGGGGAGCGACGCGGCGAGUGGGGCAGCGGACGGCGGCAGUCCGUGCGCGUGCGGGGGGGGAAGCGGAAAUGGGGUGUACCUGGCGGAGCGCACGAAGGGGGGAGCGAAGCGGGGAACGAACUGGCCCAGGAGCUAUCCCAAGAAGGACGGAGCCAACUCCAGCACCGUCAUCAAUAUCGUAGAAGGCGCGCUCCUACGAAUUAAGGAAACAAAGUACAUAAGUUAUUUCAUCAAUUUGAGGAGGUCCUUCCUUUUGGUGAAGUCUACUGUGCGCAUGUAUAGAAUUCUAAUGGGGAAAAGGAACAGAAGGAGAGGAGAAAAAAUAAUCAACAUUGACGUCAGCGAAGAGAGAAAGGAAGAUCCCAGUGGUAGGGCAUUUCUCUAUAGGGCUCUGAAUACAACUAAGUGUACAUUUAAAAGGGCAAACUCCAACCCGCGUAAGUCACUUUUUAGAAAGAAAAAAAAUUUAUUCAUCACGAUAAAUGAGGAACAUAUUAUGAACACUUUUGACUAUUUAAACAUUAUAAAAGAUUUAAAUAACUAUGAUAGGAAGGACGUCCUUUUUGUGGCUAGCCGAGCAUUCGAUUUUGAGAAGCUCAGCAAAAGGUUCCACAUAUAUUUUAAUUUGAGUCACAAUCUAGAGAUCAUCAAUUUUGCUUUUAGGAGAAGGAAUAAUCACAGUAAAGGUAACACAAAUUGGAGUGACAGUGAUGGGGCUACUCUCCCCCUAGACGAUAUCUACCACCUUUUAAAAAAAUGUGUCAUUGAAAGGUGGAAAGCUUGUAAAAGAAGGGCAAAAACAAUAACUAAAAAGUGCAACCAAAAAAGUGAUAUAAUUUUUAAGUAUCUUUCGGAAAAGAAAUUACGACUCAGGGGGGAUAGGCACAAGAAGGAACGUAAGCUCAAUAAUGAGAGGAAGCAGCAGGAGGUUCAAAAUAAUAUCGGGGGUGCCAAACAUGCAGAAAGUAAUGACCCUCAUUGGUGUGAUUGUACUUAUGGGAGGGAAAACAAAAAAUUGGAAGAGACGAGGGAUCUUUCCUUUUUAUUGGAAGAAAGACGGGAGGUAGCGAACUUUUUUAAAACAUUCUAUGACGAAUACAUUUACAAAAACCAAAAUCGAAUAUAUUUUUGCUUCUACCAUUUUUAUUGCCCUCAAGGGAAAGAAAAACAAAACUGUGUGAAGGUCAGCAGGCUUAAUAUAUACAAAUUUGUUUACGUAAAACAGAUUGAAGUGAUUCGAAAGGACAACAACCUCUCCCAUUACAAUAUCUGUGUCCCAUCAUGUGUAUACGUUUUUACUAAUUUGCUAAAGAUGAAUUAUCGGGGUACUCCCUUUCGAUCCCUACGGGAGCAUAAAAUGGCUUCCCUCCUCAAGUACCUUUUUUACGCUGUUAUCCAUUACAAACUGAGGAAAAGAAGCUACGAUUUUUACAGGAGGGGUAAGAUAGGGGCAAAUCACAUCUGCUACUUCACUCGUGGAGUUAUAAUUAACUCAUUGGUCGAUCUAUUUGAAAGUAAGAGGCGAGAGGGGGAGGUAAUUUCCCAUUAUGGUGAUUCGGGCAAAACAAAAUCAGAGAGGCAUAAACAAAAAGAAGCAUUGUUACCGCCACUCGAUAGGAAGCAUCGAAGGAACAGAAAAAUUUUAAAAGAUGUGCUUAGCCUCAUGGACAUGGAUAUGUAUAUGCAACCGUUCACCAUUAUAAAUAGCAUAAAGUCGGACUGGGAAUAUUUUAAAAAGUAUAUGACCCGGUCAGGCAUGUGUUCGUACCACAGCGGGGCUACUUACGUAUACCCUGACGUGGCCUUCGCGCUUGUGCUAAAUUUUAAGCCGCUUCACCGGCGCGGACGCCAUGUAGCGGCGGUAGCGGUAGCAGAAGAAGAGGCGGAAGAAGCAGAAGCAGGAGAAGCCGCAGAAGCAGCGGAAGAAGCAGACGCAGACAUAGACGCGGAUGAAGCCAACUCAGAAACACUCGGGGGAAACACCAUCCACUUCGAGCCAGUAAGCGAUGAGAACACUAAAAAUAAGCUGAGGGGGAGGUCCAUUCUGCACUUUCCCUUUUCACACAAGCUGCUAAAGUACUUCAUUGAAAACAUUCCCCCGAGGAGGGAUGGCAAAGGGAGCAAUUCUCACAUCUUACUACAGCUAUUAUGUAAUCGCUUCUUCAGAGAGCUAAAAAGGCUGUUAAUGUACUACUACACAGGUGAACAGAUAAAACGUAGAACAGAAAUUACGCGCAUUUUUAUUUUAUUAAAUUAUGUCAUGGAUAUUUAUUACCUCAUGGCGUACGAGAAUGUGUGCUUUUACGUGGCUAAGCAUGGAGACUUUGUCCUCACCAACGAUUUACACGCUUCGCACGAAUUCAGGGGAGGUAAUUCUAUUGGGGGGAAAAGAAGAGUCACCUUUAACCUGUACCCAAAUUGUGUACUGUUUAAUUCAGCCUACUUUCUGUGGGAAGAAAUGAAAUAUGGGGGGAAGAAUGGCUCCAUGUGUAGGCACCUUUCGUAUUGGAAGAAGGAUUUGUUUUUUUCAGUAAGUUUGGAGGAGUAA